AAGCUCGUAAGGGUUAAGGAAGAGUUGAAAAACAAAUGACCCCUAAAUCACUGUCAACCCGUCCUGCUGCUAUCUAUGUGUCUAUGCUUGUCAUCUAAAAUUCACGGAGGAUCGCCAUCUCAUCUAUUCAGCUAUAUUAUAUAGGGUUUUCGACAAUCUGAUCAACUGUCAGGCGUAUGUGGAAGUUUGAAUACGAUCCCAUCUCCUCUAAUUAAUAAACAGAGGAUGCUGUCUUUACCAAUAUCAAGUAAAGCCAAUCAGAUUCUUCAAUUGUUUAACAACAAGCUAUUUACCAGCAUUGCUUUCAUAUCGACCAGCCUGCCUCCCUCCUCUGUAGAUAUAGAAAUUCAAGUUCAAAGACUUACAAAAAUUAUCAAUGAAAGCCCAUAUCCUGAUAAACCAUUGUACCCAGUCCUUUCUCAGCAGAUCCCUCCAACUGCCCUUUCCACGUCGAUUGUGGAAAACGUUCUGGGCUCUCUUUUUGGAACCCAUGCUAAUGGUCUGAAAGCCUCUGAGUUCUUUAGAUAUACUCUCCAAGCACCCCAUUUGUGUCCUAGUGCAGAUGCAUUUGAAAAGACACUUCACAUACUUACCCGAAUGCGCUACUUUGACAAAGCUUGGGAACUAAUGGAAGAAAUUAAGAAGAAACAUCCCUCUCUACUCACCAUUAAGUCGAUGAGCAUUGUGCUGUCGAGGAUUGCGAGAUUUCAGUCAUUUGAGGAAACCCUUGAAGCUUUCGAAAGAAUGGAGAAUGACAUAUACAUCAGUAACAAAUUUGGUACCGAGGAGUUCAACGUACUUCUUCGAGCAUUUUGCACACAGAGACAAAUGAAGGAAGCAAAAUCUGUAUUUAACAAGUUACAUUCCCGGUUCGAUCCCAACACCAAAACAAUGAAUAUAUUGCUCUUAGGAUUCAAAGAAUCGGCUGAUAUUACUUCGGUGGAGUUAUUUUACCACGACUUGACUCGAAGAGGUUUCAAGCCUAAUAAUAUAACUUACAAUAUCAGAAUUGAUGCGUACUGCAAGAAAGGUUCUUUUGGAGAUGCUUUGCGACUUUUUGAAGCAAUGGAACGAGAAAAUUGUUUUCCCACACUACAAACAAUAACUACUUUGAUUCAUGGCGCAGGGGUUGUUCGAAACAAAAGCAAGGCAAAAGAGUUGUUUGAUGAAAUCUCUCGUAGGAAUUUGCAAGCUGAUACCGGGGCAUAUAAUGCUUUGAUCAGCUCUUUUGUUAGAUGCCGAGAUGUGAAGUCUGCAGCUGAUCUAAUGAAUGAGAUGGAUGAGAAAAAUGUUUCCCAUGAUAAUGUCACAUAUCAUACUAUGUUUUUAGGGUUUAUAAAGUCAAAAGACAUUGACGGUUUUCAUGGUCUCUAUCAGAUGAUGAUUGAGAGGAAUUUCAUGCCCAAGACGAAGACUGUUGUGAUGUUGAUGAAAUUGUUUUGCGAAAAGAAUGAAAUUGGUUUGGCCGUAAAUUUGUGGGUAUACUUGAUAGAAAGAGGAUACUGUCCUCACAGCCAUGUGUUGAAUCUUUUGGUGACUGCAUUGUGCUCCCGUGGGAGGUUAGAAGAAGCCUUUGAAUGCUCCAAACAGAUGCUUGAAAGAGGGAGGCAUAUAAGUGAUUUGGCAUUUCAGAUGCUUGAGAGGUGUUUAAGGGAGGGUGAGGGGACGGAAAAGCUGAGGACACUGGAUCACUUGAUAAAGAGACUAGGCACAGUCCUGCCACCAUCAAAGGGUUAUGCUACUGGCUUACCUGAUCAAACCAAUGUCAAGUGAUCGAUUACUUAUAAUAUGACUAGCAACAUGAUAAAUGUUUGUGUGUAGGGUCUCUGUAGGACAUAUAUGGCCUCUGAGAUGUAAUCAGCUAGAUGUGGUCAUAUCCAUUAUAUUUUUUUGCCCUGUUGUUUUUGUUAGAUUUGAGGGAUUUUUAUAUCAUGAAAUCAUUUCAGGCAGUAUUGGCCAUCGGGUCACUCUGCAUUAAUUUUAGGAGAAAACAAUUAAAAAAAGAAGCAAAUGUCAAGGUUUUGUUUUUGAGUGUU